UGACUUUGAGUUAGUUGCUGCGCAGAAGGAUUCUCUCAAGUCUACAGUAUUCAUAUUUCAUAAAUCUGUAUCUUUCAGUACAACUGUUCCACAACUACAAGUUUAAAAGCUCCACAAAGGCUCUGGAUCGCUCUCUGGACUGACUGACUGAACAAGUCAGAACACUGCAGGAAACUGAGGACCCUGAGCUGCACUUGGCAGCUCCAAAACAAUGGCAGAGUCCACGCCAGAUGCCAACCCCGCCAAGGUGAUCCAGAAUCCGAAGGCUGACACGAAGGACUCGAACGGAGUUUCAGCUGAGUGUGCAACAGCAGCAGCAGUGGUCAAAGUCAGACCUGCAGACCUUGGGCUGAUUCGAAGCUUGUCCAAGUCGGACUCUGACUUGUUGGCGUCACCACUCGGGGAGGAGGAUGGAGGUCUGGCUGGCCGCAGUGGAUCUGUGUCUAACUGCAGCUCUGGGCAGCCGUCCAUGGAGGGCAUGCCUUCCUUUGCCUCUGAGUGGGAUGAGAUUGAGAAGAUUAUGAACUUGAUUGGAGCAGGCAUUGAAACAUCCAAAAACAGACAGCCCACACCAAGCACAGAUGGGGCCUGUGGUAAAGCCCUGGACCAGCCGGUGGGAGAGUGGCUGGAGCACGUGGGGCUGCCGCAGUACGAGAGCAAGUUCCUGCUCAAUGGCUUUGACGACCUACGAUUCAUGGGAAGUAACGUGAUGGAGGACCAGGAUCUCAGAGACAUCGGGAUCACUGACCCAGGACACCGAAAGAAGAUCCUCCACGCAGCACGCAGCUUGCCCAAGGUAAAAGCACUGGGCUGUGACGGCAGCACAUCUCUCGCCUCCUGGCUGGACGGCCUCGGCCUGCAUGAAUAUCUGCCCAACUUCCUUUCAAGCGGCUACCGCACGCUGGAGUGUGUUAAGAACCUGUGGGAGCUGGAAAUCGUCAAUGUUAUUAAGAUUGGUCCUCUGGGCCACCGGAAGAGGAUCAUUGCCUCUUUAGCAGAGAGACCCUAUGAAGAGGCUCCAUCUAAGUCUCGUCGUCUGUCCCCAAUUAUGUUCCAUGACCUCCUGUCCCAGACCACGUCUCCUCUCAGUCAGAUGGACCCCUACACCAGUCGCUCCAUGGACAUGCUUCUGCCCCUGACGGAAUCGGACCGGAGGCGACGAGGAGUCGACCAAGACUGUAGUGUAUCUCUGCGUUCUUAUAGUGAGAGGCCGCGCUCUGUAGACAGACACAGUGAACGGCACAAAGAGUCUCGUCUGAACCUCCGGCCACCGAGCCAAUCUGCUACCUACGCCACGGUGUCCGCCUGGCAUCACCAGCCCGAGAAACUCAUCCUGGACUCCUGUGGGUAUGAGGCCACAUACCUAGGAUCAAUGAUAAUCAGGGAUCUACGAGGGAUUGAGUCCACACAAGAUGCCUGCGCUAAAAUUAGGAAAUCAAAGGAUUCAAGAAAGGGUCCAGUCGUCAUACUUUCCAUUACCUAUAGAGGAGUCAAGUUCAUCGAUGCAGCCACGAAGACUAUAGUUGCAGAGCACGAGAUCAGGAACAUCUCGUGUGCUGCACAAGACCCAGACGACCUCUGCACGUUUGCGUACAUCACCAAGGAUCUGAAGAGCGGCCACCACUUCUGCCACGUCUUCAGCACCGUGGAAGUGACACAGACGUACGAGAUCAUCCUCACACUGGGACAGGCGUUUGAGGUGGCUUAUCAGAUGGCGAUUCAGUCCAGGGCGAGACAAUACGUCCCCCCUUCAUCUCUUCCCUCAGAGGUUAUAGAAACCAAAACCAGCCGCCCCGUGUCUCAGUCAUGGAGCAGCAUGCGAAGAUCAGCAGGUGCCCCUCUACUCGAAUGCCGCUGCUGUCACUGUCACACGUGUACCACCCACCGUCCUUCCUUCCUCCCGUUGCACUCUGUUAGCCCUGGAGUCCAGAUCGACCCCCUGGAGAUGGACGCUGACAUGCAUUCCCUGGGCAGCACCACCUGGCUCUUGGACCAGCGGGACUCCAACAGGCGCCCCGUCAGCACCAAGUACGAGACCACCAUAUUCUGAGGCCGGAUCCCCACAGCCGCCCCUCUGCACCCCCCUCCUCAGUUCUUUCCCGCCCUCCUCCCACCCCCCUUACUCUACUCUACUCUGCAUCCGGUUCUUUAUUUAUCUCUCUCACACACAAACACUCACACAUAUAUACAUGUGAGCCCCGUGCCUUCUCACUGUGAUGGUAUAGCAUCCCUCAGGGCUGCCUACUCCUGCACCCUCCUUUGCCCUGUCCCAGCGACCCACACCGACCUCCUACCUGCCAUGAC